AUGGCUGAAAAUCCAUCUCAUCAGAGCUUCUGCGGUCUUCCAACCGGCUCCGUCCCAUCCCUUGGUUUCCGAGGAAUUCCUGUCAACUGGUUCCUCCAAGUCUGUGGCCACGAAGGCGGGUGGUGCGCUCGCGAUAAGAGCAUUGAGACAGCCUCCUUCACCAACUUCAAAUGUCUUGGCAAUGGACCCUACACCGGUGCCGGCUACGGAUUCCUUUCCAGAAAGACAUUCAGAGGUACCGAGGGAGCUCAAGGAGAGGAGAAGUGCACUCUGCCUGAUCAGCUUGUUUUGGAAGACGGGAGCAGGUCAGUCUCUUAG